UAGAAGUUGGUGUUGUAGGCGCAAGGAUCAGUUUCGCCUUUUCUUACGCAGAUUUGUCCUAGUCCUAGUGAAGCUUUUGGCAUAAAAAAGAUUGUCCUUUUGUUUUCCCUGAAAAUUUUUCCAGAGAAAAUAAAUAUUUCCAGAUUUGUACUGAGAAAAUAAUCACCCAUGAAUGAGGCCAUUGCACUCACUCAGUCAAUCUUCUUUCACCGCUUUAUACAGGGCUUCAGUCAACCAUUGUUUGGCGAUCAAAUCAGGAACAACUGCAAGCAUAUACACUGCCAACAAUAUCAUAAAUGGAUACGCAAAAUGUGGAGAGAUACGUAUUGCUAGCAAGAUGUUCGAUGAAACGUCGCAACGGGAUGCUGUGUCUUGGAAUACAAUGAUUGCAGGGUUUGUGAAUUUUGGGAACUUUGAGACUGCACUGGAGUUUCUAAAAUCCAUGAAAAGAUAUGGGUUUGCGAUUGAUGGGUACAGUUUUGGAAGUAUACUUAAGGGUGUUGCUUGUGUUGGAUAUGUUGAGGUUGGGCAGCAAGUGCAUUCCAUGAUUGUUAAGAUGGGUUACGAGGGGAAUGUGUUUGCAGGUAGUGCACUCUUAGACAUGUAUGCGAAAUGUGAGAGAGUUGAGGAUGCAUUUGAGGUGUUUAAGUCUAUAAAUAUUCGUAAUUCUGUUACCUGGAAUGCUUUGAUUAGUGGGUAUGCUCAAGUGGGUGAUCGGGGGACUGCAUUUUGGCUAUUGGAUUGUAUGGAGCUGGAGGGUGUGGAGAUUGACGAUGGGACAUUUGCUCCACUUUUGACAUUGCUUGAUGACCCAGAUUUGCACAAAUUGACAACGCAGGUUCAUGCUAAAAUUGUGAAGCAUGCUUUGGCAUCUGAUACUACUGUGUGCAAUGCCAUAAUCACAGCGUACUCAGAGUGUGGGUCCAUUGAAGAUGCUGAAAGAGUGUUUGAUGGUGCUAUUGAGACACGAGAUCUAGUGACAUGGAAUUCUAUGCUGGCUGCUUACCUAGUAAAUAAUCAGGAGGAGGAUGCAUUUGAGCUCUUCCUUGAAAUGCAAGUGCUUGGGUUUGAACCAGACAUCUAUACAUACACUAGUGUCAUAAGUGCUGCUUUUGAAGGUGCACAUCAAGGCCAAGGAAAGUCCUUACAUGGAUUGGUAAUCAAAAGGGGAUUGGAAUUUUUGGUACCGAUCUCUAAUUCAUUGAUUGCCAUGUAUCUCAAAUCACAUAGCAAAUCCAUGGAUGAAGCAUUAAAUAUAUUUGAAUCCAUGGAAAACAAGGACCAUGUCUCUUGGAAUUCCAUUUUGACAGGAUUCUCACAAAGUGGGUUAAGUGAAGAUGCAUUGAAGUUCUUUGAGAAUAUGCGAUCUCAGUAUGUAGUGAUUGAUCACUAUGCCUUUUCUGCUGUCCUUAGGUCUUGCUCGGAUUUAGCAACUCUCCAGUUGGGUCAACAAGUUCAUGUCCUAGUACUUAAAUCAGGCUUUGAGCCAAAUGGAUUCGUUGCCAGUUCAUUGAUAUUUAUGUAUUCGAAGUGUGGUGUCAUUGAAGAUGCUAGAAAAUCAUUUGAUGCAACACCAAAAGAUAGCUCAAUUGCAUGGAACUCACUCAUAUUUGGUUAUGCGCAACACGGGCGAGGCAAAAUUGCACUUGAUCUCUUCUUCUUAAUGAAAGAUAGAAGAGUGAAGCUGGAUCAUAUAACUUUUGUUGCAGUUCUAACUGCAUGCAGCCACAUUGGAUUGGUAGAAGAGGGUUGGUCUUUCCUAAAAUCUAUGGAAUCUGACUAUGGGAUUCCACCUCGGAUGGAGCAUUAUGCUUGUAUGAUUGAUCUGCUUGGGCGGGCUGGGCGUCUAGAUGAGGCAAAAGCAUUAAUUGAGGCAAUGCCAUUUGAGCCAGAUGCAAUGGUGUGGAAAACACUACUUGGUGCAUGUAGGACUUGUGGUGACAUAGAAUUGGCGAGUCAGGUGGCAAGCCAUCUAUUAGAACUAGAGCCUGAAGAGCAUUGCACUUAUGUUCUACUCUCCAGCAUGUUUGGGCAUCUCAGGAGGUGGAACGAAAAGGCUAGCAUAAAGAGGUUGAUGAAGGAGAGAGGGGUAAAAAAGGUUCCUGGCUGGAGUUGGAUAGAGGUUAAAAAUGAGGUGCAUUCCUUCAAUGCUGAGGAUCGAUCCCACCCUAAUUGUGAAGAGAUAUACCUGAGAUUAGGAGACUUAAUGGAGGAAAUCAGGAGGUUGGAUUAUGUUGCUAAUUCAGAGGUUUUUUUGCAUGAUUUUUGAUGAUGGAUAUGGUGAUUGAAAAGAGUGAUGAUUACCCUUGGUCCUAUCAUUGGAUGGUGCUUAGUAAUGGAUGGUUUUUUUGUUGCAAUAGGGUUUGUAACUUGCAGUCAAAGGAAGAAGUCAGAAGAUAGCUUAUGAUAUACUCCUUGUGAUAAGCUCCAUCUUGGGAAACUCAUCAUCUCUCAGUUCUGAAGUAUCCCAUCAGAAGCUGAUAAUGAGCUACCUUUCUGGUUCAUCUCCUUACAUAAAAAGUGGAGCAGUGUCUGUGCUAUCUGUACUGGUAUAUAAGGAUACAGAUAUUUGUACUUCAGUACCUGAUCUGGCCCCUUCUGUUUUAGCAUUGCU